UGUAUGCAUGUGAGAAUCUGCACGUAGCAUUCAGACCCAGGCUCCACAAAAUCCAGCCUUAACCACCAGAUGGCCGAGAGUGCACCGAAACAUCACAGAUAGGGCGAAGCACCAGACAGACUCACCGUUAACUGCACCCAGUCCGCUCGAGUCCGGGACUUCACAGGACCCAAAUACCGAGGACGCAUUUCUGCCACAGGCAUCCUGUGUGUCGUUAAGAAUGGAGUUACCGUGUUGGUGUUUAUUGCUGCUGAGCUGCCUGCAGUCCCUCUCAGCCCACAAUGACUUCUUCACCUCCACAGGCCAGAUGACGGAUCUGUUAUACACAGAAAAAGACCUUGUCACCUCUCUGAAGGACUACAUCAGAGCAGAGGAGAACAAGCUUGAGCGUGUCAAACAGUGGGCUGAUAAGUUGGAUUCAUUGUCAGCUACAGCCACUCAGGACCCCGAGGGCUUCUUGGGGCAUCCUGUCAAUGCCUUUAAACUAAUGAAGAGGUUGAACACAGAGUGGGGGGACCUGGAGAGCCUUGUUCUCAGUGACACCACUGAUGGUUUUAUUUCCAACCUGACCAUCCAGAGACAGUACUUCCCCACAGAUGAGGACCAGACCGGGGCUGCUAAAGCUCUCCUCCGGUUACAAGACACUUACAGACUGGAUGCCAACACCAUCUCUACUGGAAACCUACCUGGAGUGAAACACAAGAGCCAAAUGACAGUGGAGGACUGUUACGAGCUGGCGAAAAUCGCCUACUCUGAUGUUGACUACUACCACACAGAAGUGUGGAUGGCCCAGGCCUUGAAACAGCUUGACGAGGGUGAAGAGUCCAGUUUAGAUAAGGUGACAGUGCUCGACUACCUCAGCUACUCCAUCUACCAGCAGGGGGAGAUAGAGCGAGCUCUGGAGUACACCAAGCAGCUGCUUGAACUGGACCCGGAGCACCAGCGUGCCAAGGGCAACCUGAAGUACUUUGAGUUCCAGUUGGAGAAGCAGAAAAAGGCUGCGGAGGAGAAUGAAACUCAAAAAGAGACGGAGCGAGAGAAAAGAGACACAACUGACAAGAAGAAGAAGUCCAAAAAGGUUUCUAGUCAGCCGAUCCCAGAGAGGAAGAAGUAUGAGAUGCUUUGUCGUGGCGAGGGCAUCAAAAUGACGCCCCGCAGGCAGAGCCGGCUGUUCUGUCGUUACUAUGACAACAAUCACAACCCCAAGUAUGUGCUGGCACCCAUCAAACAGCAGGACGAGUGGGACCGCCCCUACAUUGUCCGCUACCUUGACAUCAUCUCCGACGCAGAAAUCGAGAAGGUCAAGACAUUGGCAAAGCCUCGACUGCGCAGGGCCACAAUCUCCAACCCCAUCACAGGAGUGCUGGAGACAGCUCCAUACCGGAUCAGCAAAAGGCGAGCCACGGUGCAUGACCCUCAAACUGGGAAACUUACCACGGCCCAGUACAGAGUCUCCAAGAGUGCUUGGCUCACUGGCUAUGAUGAUCCAAUGAUUGACCAAAUCAACCAGAGGAUUGAAGACCUCACAGGGCUGGAAAUGGACACUGCAGAAGAGCUGCAGGUUGCAAAUUAUGGCGUUGGAGGUCAAUACGAACCUCACUUUGACUUCGGAAGGAAAGAUGAGCCAGAUGCCUUUAAAGAGCUGGGCACUGGGAACCGCAUAGCAACAUGGCUCUUCUAUAUGAGUGACGUAUCAGCCGGAGGAGCAACAGUGUUCCCCGACGUUGGUGCAGCAGUUUGGCCCAAAAAGGGCUCUGCAGUGUUCUGGUACAAUCUGUUUGCCAGCGGGGAGGGAGACUACAGCACCCGGCAUGCAGCUUGUCCAGUGUUGGUGGGCAACAAGUGGGUAUCAAACAAAUGGAUCCAUGAACGAGGCCAGGAGUGGAGGCGACCUUGUGGCCUAAGUGAAAGUGAAUGAUGGAAAAAGAAAACCUCCCCACUCCUCUCUCCCCUUCCUUGUGAACCACCCAGGACCAAAGAAAACUGCUGCAGGACACAGAUGAUAUAUAGGGAUACAUGGGGUCCAAAUAACUCAUUCCCUCACUAUAAACACUCCCUUUUUUUUCCUCCCAGCUGUUACAUUCUGAGCACAGAGAUUGUUUGGGUUAAUGCCGAGCACCUAGAACAGUAUUAGCAUCGCCAUGACAAGUAACACAUUCCUCAGGUUGUUUGAUGGUUUUGAGAAACACUCGUGUCCUUUUCACUCCAGCGUUUCCUCCUUUGCACUCUGUAUGAACUCUAGCUCUGUGGUGAAGUUAUCCUUCAGCGGUAUGGACAGCUUCCUCCUUCUCAAUGUGAACCUUAAAGGUACAGUUCACCUUUUCACAAGGCCCACCUGAUCCAUUGAAUUCCUUUCGUUUCAUUAACAGAGCACAUUGGCCCGUGGUUUUUUGGAAAAUGAAAGGAUUUUAUAAACAUUUUAAACAACAGGGGCUGCAACUAUUUCCUUGUAUAAUUGCAGUUCAAUAUUUUCUCAAACUGACUCUUACUGAUAGUGACGUUUCCUUUAUCACUUUGCAGCAGAUGCACAGCAGGUUCACUGAAUAUCUCUCUUUUGUUUAUUCACAUGUGGUAGCAAUCUCUGCUUCCAGCUCCUCAGAACCAAAAACCAAAGCAAGCGCUCUGUGGAAGUAAUGAAAGGACUGCACAGCACAUAAGAAAACAAAAAAUCAGUCAAUCAAUAGGAAAAUCAGACUACAGUCCAGGGUAGUGUUUUGGGUGAGAAAAACACACUUUAUUCCCUGUAGGUCAUGCAGCUAAUCAGAACUCAUGCUUGGCGAAUGCAGUACUUUUUCACAUAUCACACACUCCGUUGGUCUGCAUCAAAGUGGAUUCUUUAAUUAAUUUGAAUGGUCACACUAUGUCUGAUUUGACUGGACUGACACCUGAACUCAGACACACUUGCACCGAUCCCAAUGCUGCAUAGAAUUUAGUUUUCACAUGUUUAGCUUGUUCAUCCUGAGCGUCUCAGUGUUGUGUAAGGGCUAACAAAGGAACAAGAGAACAUGGACGUCAGGAAAAGGAAGAGUGAACUGGACACACUCGUUGAAAUUUCUUUUAAUAGAGAUGACUGCUGUGUCAGUGCUUGUCAGUGUAAGAAUAUAUGGGUUUUCCAAGGAAGAAACAUUUUAUUUAUAUGUCCCCAGCCAGUUUUGUGUGAGUUUUUUUUGUCUUGAAUGAAAGUCUGAACACUUUUUUUUACAAUAAAGACUUUUAUUGAUCUCAAGUG